GUCGCUUAUGUUGGAGCGCAGUCCUCGAGCACCUCCUCUGUCUCUGGUUCGGCCUCUACUGCUUCCUCUACGACAGCCUCAGGAAGUAGCUCUUCAAGCUCGUCGGUGACCCUGCAGCCCUUCAGUUUCAGCUUUAGCAGGUGAGUUCUGAGAUGCUGCCACAUGUAGCGAAUUCCGGUGCGGAUCCGCCUCGCUGACAGUGGUGUGCUCCUGAGCUGCUUCUCAUAUUCCUCGCUAGUAUCGAUCCAUAUGCCUCCACUACACCGCUCACAACUGUGACCACCGUCAUCAAUGGGACCUCGACGACUGAGACACUCAAUGUGACGAGUACUUCAAACUCAUCGACGAUGACUUCGCUAUCCAGCAGCAGUACAUCGUCGGUCAAUCUCUCCACUGUCAGCCUUGAUCUCAUCACCACACCUGUCUCAACUACCUCGGUAGCCUCGACUUUCUCUUCAAAUGCCGCGAUGCAACUGGCAUUUGGCAGCCAAGGGGCGCUCGACACUCUGGCUAUGGGCCUGAUAGCAUCUAUCGCCCUCAUGGUGGGAGGAAUAGCUCUGCUAUGACGGCAGCUCUGACAGACUCUGCAUCGCAGAUAGUUUUGGGAUCCGCAUGUGUUUGUAUUGCACCUCAUCUCCCUAUAGAGAAUCUUGAUUGCUACACUGGCG